AUGGCAGGCCAUCAGCUAGUACCACUUGCUGAAGUCUCCAUAGUCAAGCUGAACUCCUUCAAGACCAUUGCCAGUGUCACCAGCAAAGUCGCGAUCGAUAUGCUUAACGCAAUAGACGUGGAGAUCAAGAACACCUCCACCGCCUCGAAGAAGGCUUCUGCAGCCUACUGGUGGCAAGUGCUCGAAGUUCGUCUUCUCCUGAAGAGGGCGUUGACAACUCGGCAGACCAAUAUUGACAGGGCAAGUCGAAGCGUGCCAAAUCAGGCGACAAAGGUUGUCCAAAGUCCCGAAAAAUGGGUGCAAACAUCUGGCUUGAAGUCGUCAGUCUUCGGAUUCCCACUGUUGUUCAUUCAAAAACUGCUGGAAUUCUCACGGUCUUUCUGGACUUUACUCCAGCGUUAA